CCCUCAGUGACGUUUGAGUUGCGCAUGUCUUCGCUUCUCAGUGUCGUUGGAGCUGCGCGCGUCCCCGCGCAGGAAUCGGGAGCGUGCGAAGCGGCGGGAUCCGAGCGGAGGGGAGCGCGGCCUGGCGCGGGCCCGGCAGACACAAGUUUACGGAUGAGCCAGCAGUAGAGCUCUCUGGCCAAGCCACCCAUUACUCACCUGAUAAUGGGGCAACACAUCUCUAACCAAGGCCCGACGGUGUUGAAUAAGCUACCAGACAGGGUGAUGAAGCAUGCUUCCCUGAUGAGAGAGAGUGGCUUCCUGACCUAUGAAGAGUUUCUGGCCAGAGUGGCAGAGCUUAACGAGAUUACAGAGAAGUUGGCUGCAGGACAAGAGAAGUACUUAUUGUUUGAAGUUCAGCCAGGAUCUGACACCUCGGCCUUUUGGAAAGUCAUCGUUCGCAUUGUUAGCUCAAAGAUUAACAAAACUACAGGAAUUAUUGAAGCAUCUCGAAUUCUAAAUCUCUAUCAGUUCACUCAGCUGUAUCGGGAGAUCAGCAUGCAGGCAGGCAGUGUAUUCGGCCAAAGCAGCAUCUCUGAAGACAUGGCCACAGAUGGAUCAUCGUGCCAGGCUAGUAUCUGGCUUGGCAGGAUUAAGGAGAUGACUGAUGAGGAAGAGUGCUGUAUCUGUAUGGAUGGCCGGGCAGACCUCAUUCUCCCCUGUGCUCACAGCUUCUGCCAGAAGUGCAUCGACAAAUGGAGUGAUCACAACCGGAACUGCCCGAUUUGCCGACUGCAGGUGAAAGAGGCCGGCGACUCCUGGGUGGUAUCUGAUGCCCCAACCGAAGAAGAUGUUGCGAGCUACAUCCUCAAAAUAGCGGAUGAGGCCGGGCAUCCCCACAAGCCUUAAGACUCGCAGGAGCUGUGUGCCCCACAGACUACUUUGCAACUGGUCGUCUUCCUCUUAAGUCCAUGGCACUUACUGGGGCACAGGCUGACAACAGCAGCUCGCCAGAGUCCUCUGUCCUGGGCUGAAGGUUGAUCGCCCUGUGGCUACUUCAUAUGUCUUCUCGGUGAAGAUCUUUCGUCUCCCGGGGAUGAGGUCUUGGGAGCUUCUGUAGCUCUGGGAUUUUACCGGAUGGGGUUACUAGCCCAUGCCCAACUUUCCUACUUUCGCAGCCGGGCUUGGGACUGACCAUGGAGUUUACAACUAGUUUCUUCUACACAUAAAUCAUCUAUCAUGGACUCUGAGCCCUGGGGCCUUUGUAUAUUGGAUCACUUUUGAUUUUUUUGACUGGACAGUUUGAUUGUGAGCUAAAGCAAAUUACAGGCUGGCUGCAAAUUUCUGUUGUGCUUUGGUAGAGACUGACGGUUUGGCAAACAUGCAUUGUGUCCAACGUGACAAGGCCUCCCCUGGCACUCCCUAUUAUUUUACUUGUUCUUCAAUAAGCGUCACCACGUGACUUCAUGUGAAUAGAUAAGAUAUAUUAAUCUCCUGAAAACAAAGCUGUUAAUCCUGUAUUUGUGCUUGAGUUAAUCAUUGCAGUGAGAUUCAAUUACUGGGCUGUGAUUUUCCUAGCUGAGAUAAAACGGUACAAUACAGGAACAGGCCCUUCGGCCCACAGUGUUGUGCUGAACCAAAUAAUUAGUAAUCAAAUGGCCAACUAAACUAAUCUCUUCUCUGGCUACACAAUGUCCAGAUCCCUCUAUUUUCCUCACAUUCAUGUGUGUAUCUAGAUGUCCCUAAUGUAUCUGCCUCUACCACCACCCCAGGCCUCUCCUUUGAAAUUAUCCACUCUCAUCUUAAAUGCAUGCCCUCUGGUAUUAGACAUUUCAACCCUGGGGAAAAAAUACUGUCUGUCUACUCUAUCUCUGCUUCUCAUAAUCUUAUAAACUCCCUAUUAGAUCUCCCCUCAGCCUCCGCCACUCAGAGAACACGACUCAAGUCUGUCCAACUUUUGUAAUCAAGGCAGCAUCCUGGUAAACCUCUCCUGCACCUUUUCCAAAGCCUUGACAUCCUUCCUAUAAUGGGGAGACCAGAACAUUGAGACAUUGGAGACCCGUGGUUGGAAUUAACUGAAGCAGAACAGAAGGCAGUGGUGAUUUAACAGCUGAUUAUGCGGAAUGCAUUGUAAAUGAUGCUUUCGAAAGACUUGCUGCUUCUGGCAGGGUGCUGCUAGAUUUUCCUAAACGUAGGUCAGCUAGCACUGUGUCUUGUGACAGUAAUUAGUGAGGGGCUGAUUCUCCGAGGAAGCUGCGAGUGACAGUGAAUAAUUCAGGACUGUUUAAUGUCAUUUCCUAUGCACAAAUGUAAAGGGGAACAAAAUAAUUGUUACUCCGAAUCCGAUGCAGCAUAAAAAAAAUCACAAGCUACAGAACACAAUUUAAAAAAACACAAUAUACAUAAAUACAUAAGAUAGCUUAUGCACAUUGAUUGUCUGUCCAUAAAGUGAUGCUGGGCACAGGAGUGCCUGUAGAUAAGGUGACUCUGAGAGGAAUGAUAAAGUAGUGAUGUUUGGGGGUGUGGAGGGGUGGGUUAGUGGGUGGUGUUGAUCAGCCUUGCUGCUUGGAGAAAGUAACUGUUUUUGAGUCUGGUGUUCCUGGUGUGGAUGCACCGUAGCCUCUCCCUGAUGGGAGUGGGACAACAGUCCGUGAGCAGGGUGGGUGUAGCCUUUAGCCUCUGACAGUAAGCAGCUUUGGUUUGACAUUUACGGCCACACUUACUUCUACAUAGCAGUCGUUGCAAAAGGAAAACUUAGAAUUAUUUACUCCCAUUUGUGUCAGUGCUUUAAUGACUUUGCAUUUUUGAAAAACAAUGUUGCCUUUCAAAGUUCAAAGUAAAUUUAUCAUCAAAGUACAUGUAUGUCACCAUGUACAACUGUGAGAUUCAUUUUCUUGCAGGCAUUCACAGUAAAUACAAAGAAACACAAUCGAAUCAAUGAAAAUACACAAAGAUGGACAAACAAACUGUGCAAAAGAUGACAUUGUGCAAAUACAAAAUGAAAAAUAUAACAAAAUUGAUUAAUAAGUAUAAAUAGUCAAAUUGCACAAAUACUAUAAAAGAAAACCACUAAUAAUAAAUAUUGGGGAUAUGAGUUGUAAAAUCCUUGAAAAAGAGUCAAAUCGGUGAAACGUUCAGCUUUAACAUGUAAGAAUAAAUUUAUAAAAUGAUUCAAAUACCUGCAAAACCUACCAAAUCAAAUCUUUGUUCAUCACAGGCCAUGUCGAGAUUUACUGCUACACAACAUCCGUCAUCUCUUUCCAAAUUCCUUUACACUAGAACUUCCUCUGUACCCAAGCCCUCAUAAGCCACUUUAUUAAUUGCUUUGUAAAACUGGAACAUAAUGUUUCUACAAGCAGACUGUAGGCAGGCCGUUGAAGUCCCUGUUUUAAAUGCUCAGUGAUUCUGAUGUUCUGGUUUCCAAAGACAGAACAUUGUAGUGCAGAAACAGGCCCUUCAGCUCAUCUUGUCCGUGCUAAAAGCGACCUGCACCCUGACCAUAGCCUUCCAUACCCCUCUCAUCCCUGUAUCUAUCCAAAUUUCUCUAAAUGUUGAAAUAAACCCUCAUCCACCACUUACACUGGCAGCUUGUUCCACACUCUCACUAUCCUCUGAGUGAAAAAGUUCCCCUUAGAUAUUUCAUCUUAACCCUUGACCUCUAGUUCGAGUCUGAAACAAACUCGGUGGAAAAAGCCUGCUUGCAUUUACCUUACCUCAGUCAAAUCUCCUGUCAAUCCUCUACAUUCUAGGGAAUAGUCCUAACCUGUUCAACCUCUCCCUUCUGGUGAGGAAGAGGGACUGUGCACGGCCCCGUCAGUAUGUGGAGCACAGUGCAUAAACAAGUAGCAAUGAAAGAUUUUGCCUCUUGCCUUCUGAGAACAUAUUUAAGGGCUUGUCAUCUGGGUUGUUUGUUCUUGUUAGUGCAGCCUUCUCAGCCACCUUGGUGGUUGUCUGUUGUAUCCAAUGAUGACAGGAAACCUGUGCAGGAGUGUUUAAAGUGGAAAAGCCACUGCGCUGGGGCAGUUCCCCUCUCUCGGACUUCGGAAGUCCAGGUCUAGUGGUACGAGUAGUUGUCACAAGUGGGGGCUUCCUUGGUUGCAGUGGGUGACCAUGAGUUAAUUGAAUUGACUUUAUGUCUUUCAUCCUUCACAUACUUGAGGAGUAAAAAUCUUUACAGUAUAUCUCCGUCUGUGCAAUUUGCAAAUUAUAGUGUGCUUUGUCAUGCCUUUCGCUCUCCACGUACUGCCUUCCUGACGGUUGGAUCUCACUGUACAUCUCAUCCACGCAGUCCAGCAUAGCUGACAUUGCGUGCUACUAUGGGCACGUCCCUACCUCACUGGGGUAUGAGGCAGCUGGCUACCAUCUCCUGGUUCAGCAUGCUUGUUGAAGCGGUGUACUGGGGUGUGGCUGCUAUCGUAUGCAAACAGCUACUAGGAGCCACAGGUGAGAGCUGAGAGUCUGGUGGAGACCAAAGGAGAGUGGACACUACAAACCCCUUCACUGUAAGUGCUGCCCCUCCCUGGAUGUUCCAUGCACCCUUGUACUUGUGGUCAGUCACCUUGACUAAUUUGCUAACUACUUUUGUUGGAACUAGAGCUAACAAAUUAAUCUGAAGAUCUUUAGUAACCAAGUGUUCAUUUGCUGAGAUUCAAAGCUGGUUUGAGCCUAUUUAAUUGCAUGAUAGUGAAGUUAAUGACUACUAAUGAUGUCAGUAUUUCUGAUAGUGAUGAUGAAGUUUUAUUGUUGAAUAAUGUGCAUCUAUUUGCAUUACCUUGCAGGAAGAACUUGCCACACUUUGAAAGUUCUGGACAGUACUUUGCUUUACUGGUGAAAUUAUUUUUUUAAUUAGUUUUGUUGGUUGGAUGUAACUCAAUAAAAGAUUUUUUCAUUAGCUUCAUGUUUCAGAAAAGGGAGAGAACACUGAUUACCAACUCGGUCACUGCGCCUUUUCAUCAACACACCCAGCUCUCCUCUGUGUCUCUGUCAACUAACCUGUGAUCAUUGCUUGGUGGGCAGUGGGCAAAGCCUUUCUAUGUGCAUGUUCUUGUAUCUGAAGGAGAGCCUUCAUCGGUGUUGCCCAUGCAGCAGGCUCCCUUCUCCAGGCAGCUGAUGAAUCCAAACGAACAGCAGAGAAUGAUACGGUUUGGCAUCAGCAGCGUUGCAGGAGUUGUCAGUCAGCGUUGAACUCAAUGUAGGUUUGUCUUAACUUCUCCAGCUCUGGAUUUUUCCUCCAGAUUUACUCUCAAAAUCUUCCUCAUAAGCGGCUAUAACCACAAAGCAGCAGAGGUUUGAGAUCAGCGUUUUCCUCCCCCAAGAUGAGCUGUCAACAAGCCCCAUCUGCCCAAAGUGAAUAGUUUUAAGAUGCCAGUAACCCACCCUUGCCCUUUCUCCUGUCAGUAGAAACAACUCUAUUUAGCUUAGUAAGUAGAUAAGCCCCACGUGAAGUCCAGGAGCUGGGCUUGGUUGACAGAGCCUAUUUGAGACGUACAUCAUUGGGUGCAUUUAAAAGAGAGUGCGAGCUUAUCCCCACAACCCCUCCUCCCCCCAGCUGUGACGACCUGAAGUAUCCAAUGUGUUGGUAUGUAACUAAUAAAACCGGCCUUUCCCUUUGUGCAUGCUACUCCCAUUAAUCUUAUCGUCUGUCCAGGCUCUGUAUGGAAAUCGAUGGUGGUACGUGGUUUCAUGGUAUAACCUUUGAGGUGCAAGUUCUGUCUGUACAAGCUUCGGUUGGAGAUGAUGUCUUUGGGCCUGUAGUGUACUCGCUGGAGUUUAGAGUAAUGAGAGUGUUUCUCAUUGAAACCUACCAAAUAUUAAAAGAGCUACAUAGAGUGGAUGUGGAAAGGAUGUUUCUUAUAGUGGGGGAAUUUAGGACCAGAGGGCACAGCCUCAGAGUAGAGGGGUGUCCAUUUAGAACAGAGAUGAGAGUGAAUUAGAAUAUGAGUAAGAGGGUGGUGAAUCAUUGCCAUGGAUGGCUGUGGAGACCAAGUCAUUGGGUAUAUUGAUCUCAGAAGUUCAUAGGUUCUUGAUUAGAAAGUAGGUCAAAGUUUAUAG